GUUGAACAUUUGGGUCAUUUGAAGAGCCGUUUCCUCCUCUGUGUGUGUGUGAUGUAUAAAAAAAUGUCUGUCGUCAUUAUAGUUUUGCUGGGUUUAUUCAAUCUCAUCGACCCAAUCAAUCAACAAUACAAGAUAGAGAGUGACUGAAGGAGAGACAAACAUGGCGUCUGUUUCCGUCUCUAACUCUUUUCUCACUUUCAGUUCUCCCAUUCAGCUCCGAAUCACUCGAAGGAGAGUCUCUGCCAUGGCUACUGGAGUGAGAGUCGCAGAAGGACAAGGCAAUUUGCCAAAACUUGUCCUCACUUCUCCCCAGAAGAGUGAGGCUGAGAUAUAUCUCUUUGGAGGCUGCAUUACAUCUUGGAAAGUUGCGAGUGGUAAAGAUCUUCUUUUCGUCAGACCAGACGCUGUCUUCAAUAAGAUUAAGCCCAUUAGCGGAGGGGUUCCACAUUGUUUUCCACAGUUUGGACCUGGACUAAUUCAACAGCAUGGGUUUGGAAGGAACAUGGACUGGUCUGUUGUUGAUUCCGAGAAUGCAGAUGACAGUGCCGCUGUUACUCUUGAGCUCAAGGAUGGUCCCUAUAGUCGAGCCAUGUGGGACUUUGCUUUCCAGGCUCUAUACAAGGUCACUGUUGGCGCCGACUCCCUUUCCACCGAGCUUAAGAUAACAAACACAGACAAUAAACCAUUCUCUUUCACCACUGCCUUGCAUACUUACUUCCGUGCUUCUUCUGCCAAGGCAUCCGUGAGAGGUCUAAAGGGUUGUAAAACUCUCAAUAAGGAUCCUGACCCUAAAAACCCAAUAGAGGGUAAAGAAGACAGAGACGAAGUCACUUUUCCUGGAUUUUUGGACUGCGUCUAUCUUGAUGCUCCUAAUGAGUUGCAGUUUGAUAAUGGCUUGGGUGAUAAAAUAAUCAUCAAAAACACAAAUUGGUCGGAUGCGGUCUUGUGGAACCCGCAUACUCAGAUGGAGGCUUGUUACAGAGACUUUGUGUGCGUGGAAAAUGCAAAGCUUGGGGAUGUCAAGCUAGAGCCAGGACAGUCUUGGACCGCAACACAGCUUCUCAGCAUUUGUUGAAAACACAAUGUACUUUAAACUUCUGAUAUAUUGUCGAGUGGAUCCAUUUUCUUAAGCAAUAAAAGUUUUCAUUCCUCUCCAAA